AUGGCGACGACAAGCUCGACAGGGGCUCCCGAAUGGAGUGCCCAGCAGGUCAGAGAUACCUUCCUGAAGUAUUUUGAGGAGCGUGGUCACACCUUUGUCAAGUCCUCCCCUGUGGUGCCCUUAUCAGAUCCUACCUUACUCUUCACCAAUGCUGGUAUGAACCAGUUCAAGCCUAUCUUCCUGGGAACUGUCGACCCCUCUUCCAAAGAAGGCCAGUGGAAACGCGCUGUCAACUCUCAAAAAUGCAUUCGCGCCGGGGGCAAGCACAAUGACCUCGACGAUGUUGGCAAAGACUCAUAUCACCACACCUUCUUCGAGAUGCUAGGCAACUGGUCGUUCGGCGACUACUUCAAAAAGGAGGCUAUCAAUUACAGCUGGGAGCUACUCACCAAGGUUUUUGGUCUGGACCCUGACCGGCUCUAUGUCACAUAUUUCGAGGGUAACCCCGAGGGUGGCCUCGAGCCCGAUCUGGAGGCGAAAGAGAUAUGGAGGAGUGUUGGCGUACCAGAUGACCACAUAUUACCUGGCGACAUGAAGGACAACUUCUGGGAAAUGGGCGACCAAGGGCCUUGCGGACCCUGCUCCGAGAUUCACUACGACCGUAUAGGUGGCCGAAAUGCUGCUCACUUGGUGAAUAUGGACGACCCGAAUGUCCUCGAGAUCUGGAACAACGUUUUCAUCCAGUAUAAUCGAGAGCCGGACAAGAGUCUGAAGCCUCUACCUAAUAAGCAUGUUGAUACUGGUAUGGGCUACGAACGAUUAGUCAGUGUGCUACAGAACAAGCUCAGCAACUACGAUACCGACGUCUUCACGCCUCUGUUUGCACGGAUCCAAGAAAUUACUGGAGCGAGGCCGUACGAGGGCAAGUUUGGAGAGGAAGACAAGGACGGCAUCGACACCGCCUACCGAGUUGUUGCCGACCACGUUAGGCUGCUCACUUUUGCCAUCACGGAUGGCGCCAUCCCCAACAGUGAAGGUCGAGGUUACGUUGUUCGCCGAGUACUGAGGCGAGGAUCAAGAUACGCGCGGAAGUACUUUAAUGUUGAGAUCGGCAGCUUCUUCUCGAAGAUUGUCCCUACCCUUGUACAACAUAUGGGCGGAAUGUUCAAGGAGAUUGCUGCAAAAGAGGAUGAAGUCAAAGAGAUUCUAGACGAAGAGGAGCUGUCCUUUGCGAAGACGUUAGACCGGGGAGAGAAGCAAUUCGAGAGCUAUGCUGCCAAGAGCAAGGAGAAGGGCCAGAAGAGCUUGCACGGUGCCGAUGUCUGGAAACUUUACGAUACGUAUGGUUUCCCCGUCGAUCUGACUAGACUCAUGGCAGAAGAGAGAGGACUGUCGAUCGAUGACAACGAAUUCGAGUCUGCGAGAUUACAAGCCAAAGAGGCCAGCAAGGGCGAGAAGAAGGCUGCGAGUGACCUGUUGAAGCUGACCGUGCACGAUCUUGGUGAGCUUGAGAAGAUGCCACAAGUCACCAAGACCGACGACUCCGCCAAGUACGGCCGAGAAAACGUCGAUGGCAAUAUUCAAGCCAUCUACCACGCCGGAAAGUUCCACGACAGCACAAAAGACAUCCCCGAGGGUGAGCAAGUUGGUCUCAUUCUCAGCAAGACCAAUUUCUAUGCUGAGCAGGGUGGCCAAGAGUACGACACUGGUAAGAUCGUCAUUGACGGUCAAGCCGAGCUAGGUGUGGAGAAUGUCCAGUUAUACGCUGGCUACGUUCUGCAUACGGGUUACAUGAAGUAUGGUCAGUUUGACGUCGGCGACACCACAAUCUGCGAAUACGACGAGUCCAGAAGAGGUCCCAUCCGGAACAAUCACACCGGGACGCACAUUCUUAACUUUGCCCUGCGAGAAGUGCUCGGCGAUGGCAUUGACCAGAAGGGAUCGUUGGUUGCUCAAGAGAAGAUGCGCUUCGAUUUUAGCCACAAGGCUGCAGUAUCAGACAAAGACCUACAAACCAUUGAAGACCAGUCCACCGAGUACAUCCGUCAGAAUGUUCCAGUCUACGCCAAGGACGUGCCACUCAGCGUUGCCCGCGAGAUCGAGGGCGUGCGUGCAGUAUUCGGCGAGACUUAUCCAGACCCUGUACGCGUCGUCUCCGUCGGUGUGGAGGUUGACGACAUCCUCAAGAAUGUUAAGGACCCCAAUUGGCGCAAAGUCAGCCUCGAGUUCUGCGGUGGCACUCACGUUCGAAGUACUGGCGAUAUAAAAGAGCUGGUCAUCAUUGAGGAGAGCGGUAUCGCCAAGGGUAUUCGGCGUAUCAUCGCCGUGACUGGCGAGGAUGCCUACAAGGUCCAGCGCGUCGCCGAUGAGUUCUCUGAGAAGCUCGACAAGCUCGCCAAGAUGCCCUUUGGCCCGGCCAAGGAGCAAGAGGCCAAGACGACGCAGCUUGAGCUCAACAGCCUCGAAAUCUCAGCCAUCCGCAAAGCACAGUUUCGCGAUCGCUACGCCAAGAUCGGCAAGGAGAUUCUGGAUCAGCAAAAGAAGGCGCAGAAGGAGGAGACCAAGAAGGCUAUCGAUGCUGUCACGCAAUACUUUGCGAAGAAUGAGGGCGCCUCGGCCGCUGUCGUGCGUCUGCCAAUCGGCGGCAAUGCGAGAGUUCUGCCAGACGUGGUCAAACAUGUGCAGCAGAAGAUGAAGGACAAGACCGUGUACGUUGUGGCUGCCGACGGGCAGGAUGUGGAGGGCGGACGUGUUGUUCACGGUUGCUUUGUGAGCGAGACUGGUGCCAAGGCCGGCAUUUCUUCCUCAGACUGGUCCGCCACUGUGUCUAACCUCGUUGGCGGCAAAGCUGGUGGCAAGGCGCCCGUAGCCAUCGGGAACGGCACAGAUGUGUCGAAAGUCGACGACGCUCUCAAGGCUGCUACAGAGUAUCUGGAGAAGUUCAAGCUAUGA